AUGGAGAAUCAAAAUGAACCAAAGUUGAAAUCAAUUUUCCUUCCUUUUCUCUCAACAAGUCACAUAAUUCCCUUAGUAGACAUGGCAAGACUCUUCGCUCUUCAUGGCGUAGACGUAACCAUAAUCUCCACAAAACACAACUCCACCAUUUUCCAAAACUCCAUCAACCUCGAUUCAUCUCGCGGCAGAUCCAUCAGAACCCACAUCAUCGAAUUCCCAGCAGCCAAAGUUGGUCUUCCAGUAGGAAUAGAGUCUUUCAGUGUCAACACACCAAAAGAAAUGACCCCAAAAGUCUACAUGGGUCUCUUCCUUCUCCAACCCGAAAUCGAAAGCCUGUUCGAAACUCUUGAACCGGAUUUCAUUGUCACUGACAUGUUCUUUCCUUGGACAGCAGAUGUUGCUAAGAAACUCGGUUUUCCUAGGAUUAUGUUUCAUGGGGCAAGCUAUCUUGCUCGCUCUGCUGCGCAUUCUGUGGAACUGUUUGCACCCCAUUUGAAAACUGAGUCUGAUACUGAGAAAUUCGUUUUACCGGAGUUGCCUGAUGAAUUGGAGAUGACGCGUUUGCAGAUACCAGAUUGGCUUCGAUCGCCGAAUCAAUAUACUGAGUUGAUGAAAGUUAUUAAGGAAUCAGAGAGGAAAAGUUUUGGUUCUGUUUUCAAUAGUUUCUAUGAACUUGAAAGCGAUUAUUAUGAUCAUUAUAAGAAGGUUAUGGGAACAAAAAGUUGGGGACUUGGACCUGUUUCUUUAUGGGCUAAUCAAGAUGAUUCAGAUAAAGCUGCAAGAGGGUAUUCAAAGGAAGAAGAGGGUGAAAAGAAGGAGGAACAACAAGGGUGGUUGAAAUGGUUGAAUUCAAAAACAGAGUGCUCUGUUUUGUAUGUGAGUUUUGGGAGUAUGAACAAGUUUCCUUAUGAACAACUAGUUGAAAUUGCACAUGCGCUUGAAGAUUCAGGUCAUGAUUUCAUUUGGGUUGUUAGAAAAAACGAAGGAAAUGGAGAAAGUGAUGAUUUUCUUGAGGAGUUUGAGAAGAAGGUUAAGGAAAGUUGUAAAGGGUAUUUGAUAUGGGGUUGGGCACCACAGUUGUUGAUACUUGAGAACCCUGCAAUUGGAGGGUUGGUGAGUCAUUGUGGUUGGAACACUGUUGUUGAGAGUGUGAAUGUUGGGUUACCAACAGUGACAUGGCCAUUGUUUGCAGAACAUUUUUUCAAUGAGAAGCUUGUGGUUGAUGUGUUGAAAAUUGGUGUUCCUGUUGGGGCUAAAGAAUGGAGGAAUUGGAAUGAGUUUGGGAGUGAGGUUGUGAAAAGGGAAGACAUUGGGAAUGCUAUUAGGUUGAUGAUGGAGGGUGGGGAAGAAGAAGUUGCUAUGAGGAAUAGAGUUAAAAAGUUGAGCGUUGAAGCAAAGAAAGCUAUUCAAGUUGGUGGUUCUUCUUAUAAUAAUAUGGUGGAGUUGAUUAAGGAGCUUAAGGAAAUUAAACUUGCUAGGGUUUAA